AUGAAAACUGUCAUACGUGUACCUAGUCAGCGGCUUGCAGCAAGGACUAGUGGAGGUUCAGCUGAGGCAUAUUUGCAACCGGGACCAAUUAAUAUUCGUUAUAAUCCUCGAUUGUAUGAUGGUGGUUUACUUCCACGACUGGAUUAUACAGAUAAACAAGUUAUCCUUCCUGAUCACAAACCACGAGAUAUGUGGGCUCCACAUCGGGCGUAUUUCGGUCAGAAUGACUACAUUGAUAUUCUCGGUGAUGGAAAAAUAAAACCACGUGAUUUUUACACUGGACCGCCAUGGUUAUUAGGCGCACAAAAUGAAUACCAACGCGUGUGUGGACGACUUAAUAAUCCAGCUAUUGUAGCAUGGAUGAAAGAAUUUGAACCGUCUCGAUUAGAAGCUGAAUAUAAAUUACAAAGAUAUUUAUAUAAAAAAGUUGAUAUUGAUCAUGGACUGAAAUCAGUUAGAGAACGACUGGAAAUCUGGGACCAUUAGACAGCUGUUUCGUCCCAGUAUGGGACUGUUGGACAUUACGCACCCAUAACCUCUUCAGGGACCAAACCCAACACCUUUAGGUCCCACAACCAGCACGUUAUCAUUGAACCAUUUGGUCAGGAUCCAGUGGUCCCCAUUUCCUACUACUGUCAGUUCACGAUAUUGUGCAACCUUCAUUCAAUGCAUCGUUGAAUUCCUGUCUUUACAUCCUAUUUCGUUUGCCGCUUGGUCACAACUGCUAUUUUUAACUUCAAUAAAUUUCAUCUCAAAGCAAAUCACCAGUGAGCAUUAAACAGUAAUUCAAUGUCGAAGUUUGCAGAUAUAUUGGUCUGUGAUGAAUACCAGCUUGUCAUCGAUAAAGAUCCUCACAAACCUCCACAUUGAAAAAACUAAUGGUUACAGAGCUUAGCGAAAAGGAAACGCUCUUUCAUUCGUGUAAUGUUUUGCAUUUCAUAUCAAGACAGAAUUUCAAAACUCAGAGAACACCAAACGAUUAUCAUCCUCAUCCUGAGCAACAACAAGUCUUUACCAUCAUUUCAGUUUAAUUCAUGUAUCAAACAGUCAUGCUAUGAUCUGUUCAGUAUAGCAGAAUUAGGAGUUCUGCUAAUGAAUAAAGAGCUUAAAAAAGACACUCACAGUUCUGCUUGGAAGUGAUUAGUAACUCAUAUGUUGAACGCUGAAUUGAAUCAUGUGUUCAAGGUGCCCCAGUGAAACCAACCACAUUCUAAAUUCUGAGUUAGUAUUCAUCGCGGACUAAUAUCAGUUGGCAAACUAUUGGAGACCUAGUAGCACUGGACAGCUGUUUCGUCCUAGUAUGGGACUCUUCGGCAGUACACACCCAUGACCCGGCUAGGAAUUGCACUCAGGUUUCACGGCGAACGCGUUAACUAUUUAGCCACUGGGUCAGAUCUCAAUAAUUCACAGUUUCCAGCUUCUUUGAAUCCGCGAUUUAGCGUGACUAUCACGCACGGUCUUCAGUUGUCAUCCGCUUCCCUUCCUGCUGGUUGACCCCACAGAUCAUGUUUUCUCAUUAGAACUUCGGGAUAUCCAUUUGGAAGCAUAUCACUAAUGCGUAAAACCAG